CCUUUGGGGACUUGGAUAUGGUGUUAGGCCAUACAAUUAGGCAGUGAGAAACUCCUCCCCCCCUUAGCCUUGCUUAGAGCUGGCUGGUCACCUGACUUUUCCCUAUGCCCAGGCCUUACUUCUGUGCCUUGGUUAUUGGGGGUAGGUAGGCAUCAGUGUUAGGAAUAGGAUAACCGCCCCCUAUACACACCACCCCCCCACGAGCCCUUUCCUUCUUGACCUAUUGGAUAUAGAGUAAAAGAAGUGGCUGCCUGACAAGGGUAUGUGAUUCUUAGAGAAGAACCUAACUCCAUCUUUCCAGAGGCUAUCAGUGCCUUGAAUACUCUGCAAGCCCCCCUGCUAUGUUAGGGGAAGGGGCAAAGUUUGUACAUUGUACAAACAGAUUGUACAUUGCAUAACUUCUAGGGACACCAUUCACCUCACAGUCACUGUAUGUAUAGUUACUAUGACUUUUCUUGCAAAUGGCAAUCAGGUGGCUUGAGGAAGGUCUGUUUUUUUCUAAUGUACACAAAGUUACUAUGAAUGCUAGGCACGGAGCUGAGUGAGGAGUGAGUAUGGAAUACAAAAAAAAAAAAGAAGAAUGUAGUUGCCACAAAUACUUGCUGAGCACCCUGCUAAAGGCCAGGCAUUCAGCUAAGUUUGUGUUUAAGUUUGUGCUUAAGAACUGCGUUGUCUAGUAAGGGUGACAUAAUUUUAAUACCAUACCCACAAUUGAUGGCAGUUAAUUACUGGUUCCCAAGGAAACAUAGAGGUCCGGUGUCAGGACAUCAGGGAAGACUUCUUAGAGAAUGAUUUCUAAAUGAGAGUAGAUUAAUGGGUGCAAUGUUGCAGGCUCAAAGCCUCUGAGAUGAGACCUAAAUGGCUGGAAGGAAAAAAAUAAAGAGGUGACUAGAUGAAGGGUAAAGGGAAGCAGUCAUUAGCCUGUUAGAGACUAUGACUUUAAGUACCCACUGCCCUCCGGCAGCUUCCAAUCCACCAGCUGGGUGUUUGGCAAGGAUAAGAGAGGGGCCAAAAGUCUGAAGUCCUAAACCUAUUCUGGGGAAACUCCCAGCAGAAGACUGCAAAGCUGCUAGAGAAGAUGGUCCCCUGGUACCCACCCCUUCCAGUCCUGGUUACUGCUAAAGAGGAGACAUGGAAAUGGGGGAGGUUGGGGGAGGACCACAGAGAAGGGAGGCUCUGGUUGUGUGCCCAAAGGGUUUGGCUGGCCUUGGGCAGAAAUUGGAUCCCAUACCUCCUGGAUGAUAGGGGACAUGGCCUCCCGGGUAGACUUGGGGAGAGCAAUGAUCCAAUUCAAGUAUCAGAGGAGGGUGGUUCCCUGCCACACAUAGGCUUAGAGGCAGAAGGAUGCUUAUCCAGGCAGCCAAGGACUGUAAAGCUGCUAGAAUUUCCUAGGCAGGUGCCUGCCUGGUUUCCAGGAUGGAAACGAAGUGGACCAGCUGUGGCCGACUGGAGCCCCCGCCCCGGUGGGAGGGGGCGGGACGGUCCUGGGAGAAGGGCGGGGGGCGGGGCCAGGGGCCACUUAAGGCGGAGCCCCGGCUUUCUGGCAGCGCCCGAUCCUGGCGGCAGAGCCCGGCAGGGUUGGCACUUACCCACGACCCCCCUUCCCUGCUAUGAUGGCCCGUCAGUAGCAGGUUCCAGACCCCCGGGGGUAUGUGGGCAGAGCUAGCGGCAGCCAGGUGCGCAAAGCCACAAGAGCUCUAGGGCACGCUGGGGGCAGCUCUGCCUGCCGCGCUCACUGGUGCCUGGGGAGAUGCCCAACUGACGGGCGAGCUGGUGAGGACAAGAACGUUCCCUCUGGGCCCGAGUCCGCUGCAUCCAUGGCGCUGCCGGCCAGUCUGGUGCCCCUGUGCUGCUUGGCACUUCUGGCGCUGCCAGCCCAGAGCUGCGGGCCGGGCCGGGGGCCUGUUGGCCGGCGCCGCUACGUGCGCAAGCAGCUCGUGCCGCUGCUCUACAAGCAAUUUGUGCCCAGCGUGCCCGAGCGGACCCUGGGUGCCAGUGGGCCGGCCGAGGGGAGGGUGACAAGAGGCUCUGAGCGCUUCCGGGACCUGGUGCCUAACUACAACCCUGACAUCAUCUUCAAGGAUGAGGAGAACAGUGGUGCAGACCGUCUGAUGACCGAGCGUUGUAAGGAACGGGUGAACGCGCUGGCCAUUGCCGUGAUGAACAUGUGGCCCGGAGUGCGCCUACGGGUGACCGAGGGCUGGGACGAGGACGGCCACCACGCUCAGGACUCACUUCACUACGAAGGACGUGCCUUGGAUAUCACUACGUCCGACCGCGACCGCAAUAAGUAUGGGUUGCUGGCGCGCCUGGCAGUGGAAGCCGGCUUCGACUGGGUCUACUACGAGUCCCGCAACCACGUCCACGUGUCGGUCAAAGCCGAUAACUCACUGGCGGUCAGGGCAGGCGGCUGCUUUCCGGGAAAUGCCACCGUGCGCCUGCGGAGCGGCGAGCGGAAGGGGCUGCGGGAACUGCAUCGCGGAGACUGGGUGCUGGCUGCAGACGCGGCAGGCCGGGUGGUGCCCACGCCCGUGCUGCUCUUCCUGGACCGGGACUUGCAGCGCCGGGCCUCCUUCGUGGCUGUGGAGACCGAGCGACCCCCGCGCAAGCUGUUGCUCACGCCCUGGCACCUGGUGUUCGCCGCUCGAGGGCCAGCGCCCGCGCCAGGCGACUUUGCACCGGUGUUCGCGCGCCGGCUGCGCGCUGGGGACUCGGUGCUGGCGCCAGGCGGGGACGCCCUUCGGCCGGCGCGCGUGGCCCGAGUGGCGCGGGAGGAAGCGGUGGGCGUGUUCGCACCGCUCACAGCGCACGGGACGCUACUGGUCAACGACGUCCUGGCCUCUUGCUACGCGGUUUUGGAGAGUCACCAGUGGGCGCACCGCGCCUUUGCUCCUUUGCGCCUGCUGCACGCGCUGGGGGCGCUGCUUCCGGGCGGGGCUGUCCAGCCGACUGGUAUGCAUUGGUACUCUCGGUUCCUCUAUCGCUUGGCGGAGGAGCUGCUGGACUGAGCAUUCCAGGCAUGGAAACCUCGUGGCACCCGCCUAAACGCGAGCGUGCGGGCUGAGCUCUGGGGAUGUGGGCAGCAAAAGAUGCUGGUUGGGAGGGAGGGAUAGGGAGAAAAAUGAAUGCGAUGGUUUAGGGGCAACCUCUAACUGAGAGGUUGGGUCCUAGGUAGGUGGGGUUGAUAAUGGGUACUCCUUGAGGAGGGCUAUUUAUCCUCUUCUUCCCCAGUGCCUCAGCCCCACCCGAUUAUUUUAUUUUAUUUUCUAUUUAUAAAUUGUAAUAUAAUGAUCUGCUUGUCCAGCCUGGCAAGGUACAGGGCUGGGGCACGGCGUUAACACUGUCUGACACAGGAGCCAAUCUGACAUCUUGACAUUUUCCUACAAGUGGGCUAAUAAAGGGAAGGCUUCCGGGA